UUUUGGUGACAAGCAGCCGGUUGAGAGUGGGCAUGAGUCUAUGCCAUGGCUAGAAGAGUCCAGCGAAGAUAGAGCAGAACUGAAGUGCCAUGGAGGAUACCCAGUCCAGACCCCAUUCAUCCCACUCCACAUACUCGCAGAGGACUGAGGAUGGAGCAUCCGCGCUGGGAAAUCAUGUUGAACAUCACCUUACUGUCAAUCGGGCAGUCCUGGUGGUUGCCAAGCGCUCAGAAAGUCCCAAUCCGAGUAUGACCGAAGAGACAAUCUACAUCCCUCGAACAGUGUCUUCAGUAGAUGCGUGCACCAACACAGAACCUCCUUACGAAUGCUGCCCAUGGCUACGCAGAGUAUACUCGUGCCCACCCCGAGGCUUGCUGGCCACAAUAAUCACCAAAGUGACCAUGGCUGCAGUGCUCUUUGGGGUGGUGUGGUCCAUUACAGAGAAGGAAUGCCUUCCGGGCGGGAACCUCUUUGGCAUUGUGACCCUGUUCAUCUGUUCUGUGGCUGGAGGAAAACUGUUUGGACACAUCCGCUUUCCAAACCUGCCUCCAUUACCUCCUCUUCUUGGCAUGCUGCUGGCAGGCUUUAUCCUCAGAAAUAUCCCUGUGGUGACAGAUGCGGUUUACAUUGAUGUUAGAUGGUCUGCCUCUUUGAGGAACAUAGCUCUUGCUAUCAUUCUGGUCAAAGCUGGGCUGGAAUUAGACAGCAAGGCCUUGAGGAAGCUUAAAGCAGUGUGUUUACGUUUGUCCAUAUUUCCUCUCACCUUUGAGGCAACCACUAUGGCCGUGGUCUCCUAUUUAUUAUUGGGUCUUCCAUGGGUCUGGGGCUUUAUACUAGGCUUUGUUCUUGGGGCUAUUUCUCCUGCAGUGGUGGUUCCAUCCAUGCUGCUUCUACAGAAGCAAGGAUAUGGAGCAGAGCAGGGUAUACCUACUCUUCUCAUGGCAGCAUGCAGCAUUGAUGACAUCAUUGCCAUUACCUGCUUCACCACCUGCUUGGGUGUAGCUUUCGCUACAGGCACAGUGUGGUUAAAUGUGCUGAGAGGACCGCUGGAGGUGUUAGGUGGUGUGAUUGCUGGUGUGGCGUUAGGAUACUUUCUGCAUUACUUCCCCAGCAGAGAUCAGGGAAGCCUGGUGCUGAAACGAUCCUUCCUGGUGCUAGGGCUGGCUGUGUUUGCUUUGUUUGGCAGUAAUGUGGCCGGGAUUCCUGGCGCAGGAGGCCUCUGUACACUGGUGCUGACGUUUGUGUCAGGAAUAGGAUGGGGAAAUGCAAAGGCUCCAGUGGUAGAGAUGGUGGAAAGGUUCUGGCAUGUGUUCCAGCCUCUUCUCUUUGGUCUUAUCGGUGCUGAAAUUGUCAUUGGUGCUUUGGAGAUCAGCACUGUUUCUCUAGGUAUUGCAGCCCUGUUCAUUGCUCUCACUGUACGGUUGCUCAUCACUUUUGCUGUGGUUCUGCAUGCCGGCUUUAACCUAAAAGAGAAAGUCUUUAUCGCUCUUGCCUGGAUGCCUAAAGCCACAGUACAGGCCGCUAUAGGCUCCACAGCUCUGGAUAUGGCCCGUUCUAAGAAUGACCUUGAGCUGCAGAAAUACGGAAUGGACGUCCUCACCGUGGCUGUGCUGUCCAUUCUCAUCACCGCUCCUAUUGGAGCCCUCAUCAUUGGCCUGCUCGGCCCUCGAAUGCUGCAGAAACCAAAGAACCCUGAGUGGGCUGUCAGCCAAGGUGCUUUAUCGGCAUCAGGCACACCGGUGACAUACGAGAGUGCUUUGUGAUCCAUGAUAGAAGCUUUUGGAAAUUUCUGGACUGGAGUUUCCAGGAUCUUAGAAGGAAUUGACACCCAACAUCUGAGGCUGCUGAUAAACCUUGUCUUUGUUACGCCCCUCUGAAGUCAGACUGCAGAUAUGGCAGACAUGUUAUUCAGAGCUGGACGGAAACGAUCAAACAUUACAUUAUUUAGACACAGGCAAUGAUUGUACUCUUAAUUUAUUGUUCUCCUUCUAAACACUACUUAAGCAUCAAACACUACAGAGAUUGUUUUAGUGCUAUCAAGUAAAUUUUUUUAACUUGUUUAAAAUUGCAUGCUGCUGUUUUGAUAGUAUUUGUUACAUUAGGCGUAUUAUAAAUCAGUCUAUAGACUGCACAUCUAUGUUACAAAAAGUCAUGUAGUGGUCAGUGUCGGAUCGACCUCCUGCAUUCUGACAUUUUACAUCAGAGUUCCUGCAGGUAUCUACAGUCAGAUUGUUCAAACAUGUUUUGUGUUUACAAUAUGUUAUUUUAGAAUCUAAUGAAAGAGACUGUUUAUUAUUAUUAUUAUUAUUAGUUUAAUUAUACAAGUCAUUGUUAUCCAGUAUCUUACUAAUUCUUUUUUCUGCUAACACUUAAACUGUCAGCAUUGCACAGCUUAUCAUGUUACUUUCCAAAGAACAAGACAUAUUUAUUUAUCAGUUAAGUAAUUUUUUUUUUUUUAUAUGAUUGUGUUUUCAUAAUGUGUCUAUUUUAAUCUGUUAUCAUGCAGGGUCAUGUGAAAGGUUUAGAUAAGAGUAUUUUUUUAGUGAAGUGAGUUUACAAGGUUUUGUCUCAGAAUAUAAUAGUAAUGCUACAUGCAGUCAUUGUUCAUUUUCAAAGUAAUAAAAAGACUGUUGUUAUUCAUAAUUUAACAUGUAAUUACGUAACACCUUUUUUAAAUUAAAUGUCUGAUGUAUAUGUGGUAAUAUGUAUGUAGUGUGCAGUACAACAGAAAUUACAUGAUAUUUGCCUUGUUAGUAAAUGGAAGGCAAAAGGCCCCAUUCAUUUGGAAGCAUAUAAUUUUAUGUCAAGCAAAGCAGAUGUAAAUAAGCAGCAUUGUUACUUUUCAUCUAGCAGCAGUGUAGUGGACUGCACCAUUGUGUGCUUUAUCAAAUGCACACUACAAACCAACAGCAGAUUUAGUCUGGGCAAGCAUAGACUGUUACAU